UUGGAACCCGGAGUCAGGAUUCACUAAAUGAAGGGUCUUUUGCAGAAAAGGUUGGCAUAAUGGCUGAGCAGACGCCAGAUGAGUUCAUCUGGUGUGAGGAAUGUGGCCAGUACCAUGACUCGGAGUGUCCCGAGCUGGGACCACUGGUGACCGUCCAGGACUCCUUCGUCCUCAGCCGGGCCCGGUCGUCUCUGCCAAACAGUCUGGAGAUCAGACAGGUGGAGGAUGGGCAGGAGGGCGUGUUCGUGCUGCGCCGGCUGGUCAAGAGGACCCGCUUUGGGCCCUUUGAGGCUAAGAGGGUCCCUCACCUGGAGAAGGAAGGACCGUUCCCUCUUAAGAUCUUCCAGAAGGAUGCCAUGGUGGUGGGUUUUGACUCCAGCUGUGAAGAAGACUGUAACUGGAUGAUGCUGGUGCGACCUGCGACCGACCACAAUCACCAGAAUCUGACGGCUUACCAGCAGGACGAUGACGUGUACUUUAACACCUCACAGGAUGUGCUCCCAGGAUCAGAGCUGAGGGUCUGGUAUGGAGCUUUCUACGCCAAGAAGAUGGAGAAGCCCAUGCUGAGGCCUCCGCUUCAGCCAGGACCUGCAGCAGAUGUGACAGAGACGGCAGAGAAAACUGGAGCAAACCUGCCCCCAGUGGCUGAAGAAGACAAUGCAGACAACAUGCUGAGUCAUCUCGACGAGGUGAAGACGGCAACAUCGCUUCCAGUCGACCCGCUCCUGCCCCAAGAGGAGAGCCUGGUCGGCCCUGGCGACGAGGAGGGGGACCCCCCUACACCUCAGCCGGGCCCCAAGAGAGGACCGGGCCCCGGGAGGAGAGCUAAGGGACGCAGGCCUGGAGCUGCAGCUGCUGCAAGCAAACACAAAGGAUGUGCUGCAGCUGCUGUAAAACAAAGUGUGAAGUCUUCAGUGGAGCGCUCGGAGCCCGGGGCCACAGACGCAGCAGCAGAGAGCAGCAGCCUGCUGACUCCAGACGGAGGACCGGUCCUCAAGAGACACAAAUCCAGAGAGCACAAGAGGGUUUACCGCUGCUCCCUCUGCAACAAGGUCUUCCAGAACAGCAGCAACCUCAACAGACACAUCAGGUCCCACGGUGAUAAGCUGUUCAAAUGUGAUGAAUGUGACAAGUUGUUCAGCCGCAAGGAGAGUUUAAAGCAGCACAUCUCUUACAAGCACAGCAAGAACAUGCCUGACCAAGAUUACAAAUAUAAAUGCAACACGUGUGAGAAAUCCUUUCGUCUGGAAAAUGCCUUAAAGUUCCACAACUGUCGGACAGACAACAAGACUUUCCAGUGCGAUAUCUGCUCGCGGUUCUUCUCCACUAACAGUAACCUUUCCAAGCACAAGAAGAAGCACGGGGAGAAGCUCUACUCCUGUGAAAUCUGCAACAAGAUGUUCUACCGCAAAGAUGUGAUGCAGGAGCACCACAGGAGGCACGGAGUGGGACCAAAGCACAUGAAGAAAGAGGAGCUGGAGGCCAAUGGAGAAGAAGGGACCAGGUACAGGAAGGAGCCAUCACCCUGUCCCAUCUGUGGGAAGGUGUUCUCCUGCAGGAGCAACAUGAACAAGCAUCUGUUGACUCACGGUGAUAAGAAGUACACCUGUGAGAUCUGCGCCCGCAAGUUCUUCCGCGUGGACGUCCUACGAGAUCACAUUCACGUCCACUUCAAGGAUAUAGCCUUAAUGGAAGAGCAGGAGAGAGAGGGCUUCAUCAAGAAGAUCGGCAUCUCGGCAGGGGACAGCGACGACUCGGACGAGGAAGAGGAGGAAGACGAUCCCGAGCACCACAAGUACAACUGCAAGAAAUGCCAACUAUCAUUCGCGAAGGGCAAAGAGUACCUGAAGCACAUCAUGGAGCAGCACAAGGAGAGAGGCUACGGCUGCAGGAUCUGUAACCGACGAUUCGCACUGAAGGCCACGUACAACGCUCACCUGGUCAUCCACAGGGAGCAGCUGCCCGACCCUGCAGUGCAGAAGUACAUCCAUCCGUGUGAAAUCUGUGGACGAAUCUUCAACAGUAUCGGUAACCUGGAAAGGCACAAGAUCAUCCACACUGGGGUGAAGAGCCACGGCUGUGAUAAGUGUGGCAAAUCCUUCGCAAGGAAGGACAUGCUGAAGGAGCACCUCAGGGUUCACGAUGACAUCCGGGACUUCCUGUGUGCAGAGUGCGGGAAAGGCAUGAAGACCAAGCACGCUCUGAGGCACCACAUGAAGCUCCACAAGGGCAUCAAAGAGUACGAGUGUAAGGAGUGCAACCGCAAGUUUGCCCAGAAAGUCAACAUGCUGAAACACUACAAGAGACAUACGGGUAUAAAGGACUUCAUGUGUGAGCUGUGUGGAAAGACGUUCUGCGAGAGGACGACUCUGGAGACGCACAAACUCAUCCACACAGUGGGUAAGACCUGGACGUGUGGGACGUGUGAUAAGAAGUACCUGACGGAGUACAUGCUGCAGAAGCACAUCCACCUGACUCACGAGAAGGUGGAGGCCCAGUCCUGUCACCUCUGUGGGACCAAGGUGUCCACCCGCGCCUCCAUGAACCGACAUCUGCGGCGCAAACAUCCAGAGGUGGUUUCUGUAAGACUGGAUGAGUUUGAUGAUCUUCAGGAACCGUCGGCAAUCAAUGAGUCUAUCAGCAUUGUGCAGCCCACUCUGACCCUGGAGAAAGACGGCAUGCCUGCGGAGAGGCCCAGCCGACCGUCCCGACACCCCAAGAAGAAGCAGAGAGUUCCAGUUGAGCCGGAGCUCUCCGAGUCCGACGAAUACGCCGAUUUCAGCGAGCCGAGGCACGAGCCCAUGUCAGAGUUCAACACUGUUAUUGUCGGAGACGAACACGAGACGAGCUCUGCUGUGCAGAGUAUCCAACAGGUGGUGGUCCUGGCCGACCCCAGCGCUCCGUCAGCCUCCUCGCCAAACAGCUCGGUGGGUCUGACCAACAUCACCGUCACGCCCAUCACCAGCCACGCCCCCGCCCAGUUCACCAGCCUGCAGCCGGUGGCGGUGGGCCACCUGACGGCCAGCGACCGGCCCCUCACCCUGGACAACUCCAUCCUCACCGUCACCUUCGACACCGUCAGCGGCUCCGCCAUGCUCCACAACCGGCCCGCCGACCUCGUCCCGGAGACGGUGGGGCCCAGCGGGGGGGCCCCGCCCCAGUCCGUCGCCCACUUCAUCAACGUCACCACCCUGGUCAACCCCAUGGGACACCAGCUGGACGCCCCCACUCUGGCGUGGAGGCCCGUAGAAGGCGGACAGGUGGCCCCCGUGGUGGAGGCGGCUCAGGGGGACGGCCAGGAGCCCCAGAGUCAGGGCCAGGAGCCGGGCCGGCCCCUCCAGGGCCAGCCGCCGGCCCCCCAGCAGCAGAGCGGCGCCACGCAGCAGAUGUUCAGCUACUAGAGCAACCUGGUCUCACAGAAAUCCAUGAAAUAGCCACGGAUUUUGCUUAACUCAAAAUCCGUGGAAUAGCCACGGAAUCGCUCAAAUUUCCGUGAAACUGACACGGAUUUCGCUACAAUGCAAGUUAAUGACAGUCAUAUCCCGUGGCUAUUGGUUUGUUCCAAGUCACGUGACUUUCAAGGUCCCAGCGGUCAGAACAAAAAACAUGGCGGACAGUUCUCUCAUUUUUAGUGAAAAAUCAAUAUUUUGACUUAGUUUCUGCAUAAAAAUGGAUUUUGAUCACAUUUCUAGCGAGAAAUAUAUGUUUUAUUUUCUAAAUCUUCACUCAGCGAAUGUACAUAAUCACUUUGUAUGUUGGAAUAGCCACGGGAUAUGACUGUCAUUAACUUGCAUUGUAGCGAAAUCCGUGUCAGUUUCACGGAAAUUUGAGCGAUUCCGUGGCUAUUCCACGGAUUUUGAGUUAAGCGAAAUCCGUGGCUAUUUCACGGAUUUCUGUUAGACCAUGUUGACUAGAGAGGUGCUGGUCGCCUCACACUCACACAUUGUAACAUAAUAGAGUAGAUUUUAUCAGACUGUACAAAGCUUCGAUCACUGUCACCCUGAUGCCUCUCCAGCCUCAUGGAAGUGAAUGAAAUGUUAUGGUUUUUCUUUCCUUUUUUUUUUUUUAUACUGAACACAAUAUUAUAAUAAAAAAAGAGAGACAGAAACGGCACAUUGAGCCAAAAACACUCACACUCCUCUGAAAGAUUUACAUUUCAAACCAAAGCAACAUGUUGAACAUUCAAAUGCCUUACCAGCCUUUUAAAAAAAAAACAUGCAUGUUUUCAAUCAAUCUGCUGCUCAAAAUAUGAAAUAUGAAAAUGUACCACCCUGAUAAAAGAAGACACACACGUGGUGCAGUGGACAGUUUAAGUUAAAACACUUGUACUAUAUUCCUAGAAGUGGCUCACUCAUGGAAUGUCCUUUAUGAAUGCUGGAAACUGUAAUUAUUGUCGAACUGUCUGGAUGAAAUACUGGAAGAGUUUUUUUUACUGUUAUUUUUAAACAAAAUGCU